AAAAAAGGGAGUUCGUACCAAGGUCCAAACAGCGGGAGAUUAUCACCGUCCCGGAGACCCAGACAGCUGUCAUCGUUCGAACGCUCUGCUGCUCCGCCGCUACUCCGACCGUCCGCCGCUGCCAACGGGGGCUGCUGCACUGGCCCAAGCACAGACCUGCAGGGCCACAAUCAAACCCACGCGGGAUUUCCUUUCUGGCGAACCGUCAACAAGAGUAAGGCCUUGUCUCCCAAAGUGUAAUUGGCCCUAUCCGUGAUUUGCGAGCCUUUCUCGGGUUCCCACAGGAGCAGUGCAAGAAUCGUCCUUACUGUCUUCCGUAUAGCUAAUCCCGGCUGGAGGGAAUUCUGGAAGCCUGUCAGGGACAGAUAGACAAGAGGUGGAAGAGCGCUGCACGGGAAUGGCUGAUUAUGCGGCUCUCCUGGGGAUGGGAUCUCCUGCAGUAGCAGCGCUGGUUGACUCGAAUGGAAGGUGUGUCCAAGUUUUCUUUCCUUCACUUCUCAUUUGCGGGUCCGGUUCCCAAUACUUGAUUGCGUGGCUUCAAAGAGAAGAGGCGGAGAGAGGAGUAGGUAGGUGAGUGAGUGUCAGUGGGUGUGCGAGCAGGUGUCCACCGAUCGGUCUACCGCUAUCAGUGCGCGAACAGGAUAGUGAGGAGUGGACCAAGUUUGUUCGCUUUGGAGCGAGAGCCCAGAGUGGAAGAGCAGCCGGCAGCAGUGGUCCUCGAAGGGGUUGAAUCGACAAUUGUCCAUCGACAGCAAUCAUCGCCGCUACUAUCAUCGCAUUCCUCCCCUCGCUCACUCUUGCUUCCCCCCCCCCUUUUGCUCGGGUCGCCAUGGCUCGGGACGUAGAGGGCUUCCGUCCGACUCUCCCACCAAUCUCUUCCUCCGUCCCCUCGUACUACGGGACCCGCUCCGACCCUGAUACGCCGCCUCCAACACCUACUGGCACCACUGCCACAUCCUCUUUUCAGAGUCACACAAUUAAGAAGCGUUUAUCGGAUUCACUUACUGACAUCUUUGCUCUGCGUAGAAGGCGUCCGUCAUUACAGCAAGGUACAUCAUCGUCGAGAGGCACCGGCAAUGGGUCAAGGUCGAGAAACCGGUCGUCGUCUGCCACAGCUGCAGGGGCUACAAACUACAUUAGGGCACCUCCCCCAAUUCUCAACUCAUCCGCUUCUAUGGCUACGAUAGCAUCCACAAGCUCGACGAGCAGUAGUUACAGGGGGAGCUUGUCGAGGAGUGAUUCUUACACUGAUAUGGUCGCGCGGGGGUUCCGUAUGACAAGGGAGGGGCAGAUGAGGGAGUCGCCAAUCGCCCCAGUAUUCGAGCCGGGCAGAUCGGUUUCUAGCAGGAAAAUCAUGUCUGAUGAGGAAAUGCGAGAGCAAGAUGAUCAAUUUGGGGCUGUAGGUGCGUCGGAAUAUCGAGCUGAAGAUGGGCAGGCGAGUAAAGCUGCCGCCGAGGUUGGAAUGAGAAGGAUGCCGGGAAUAACAAGGAAGAUAUCAGAUUCUAGGAGGAUUCUUAGGCCUCUGUCACCAGGAAGCAAAGAAGACGAGGAUGGGGGGAGCAUUGCUUUGGCGGAGGAAUUGGAACAGAGGGUUUCCUUAGCAACAGAACAAUUGGGUAUUCCGGCUGGCUCGGUGGCUGACUCUAAAAGGGAGUCAUCGAUGUCAGCGGCAGCUUUGACGGUUCAGGGAUACACUUCAUCGUCAGAUGAGGCAUCUACGUCGUCUUCAUUGAAAUCUGCAAGGUCCCGCAGCUCAACAUCAGGUACAUCAGGAUUACCCCGAACCAUCUCGUUUUCCCACUCAAAGAGGCGUGGUUCUAAAACACAAAUGGUACCAGCACCCCUGGAUUUGCAGAGCUGGGCAGAUAAGGGCGGUUCCGCUAGUAGUACGUCUGCGAAUUCAACAUCAGAGAGACAAUCGUCUUCGAGGCCGCAAACAGUACCACCAGAGCGUUCUGCUACUGCUUCGCCGUUGAAGUAUGCCAGCCUUUCUGUUAGAAAUAAUCAGAGCGGUGGCCUUGAGGUCCCCAACCCAGCCCCGACCCCAGGAUCCCCAGGGUCUCGGCUAUCUUCAUUGGCCAGCCCGUCCGGGUCUAUCCCAGGGCAGAAAACUCGAUCGACAUCAGCAACAACAUUGAAUUCUAUGGUAGCUCGUUCGGACAGUACGUCUUCAGUCGCUACUGCUCCUUCAUACCCUCUCAAGAACCCACCCGCAUCGACAACUACGCCAGUGAAUACAUCUAGAUCACAGAAAAGUCUUUCAUCCCGAGAUCGAAAGGAGUCCUCCAAAGUAUCACUAGCAGCAUAUGCAGCCAGUGCGAAGAACAAGCCCCGACACCCUCCCAGCCUUGAACCUCCACUUCCGGACCCCGGGAGUGCACCUUCUGUGGCCCCAGCUCCCGCUAGUGGUAUGUAUUGGUACAAGGCCCCAACCCAUGGACAGGAUAGCGUGCCCUUGAGAGCACAUACCUGCACAUUAGUAGGAAGCAACGUAUAUGUUUUCGGAGGAUGUGAUGUGCGAACGUGUUUUAAUGAUCUCCAUGUUUUCGACGCAGGUAGGGUUGCAAGUGCAUUUGAUAUCCCCCAUGAAACGCCGAGUUAACCCGGUGUAGAUUCAAUGUCCUGGUCCAAGCCUGCAGUCUGCGGUGACAUUCCACCGCCAUUAAGAGCAAUGACUACCACAGCCGUCAACAAAAAGUUGGUGAUAUUUGGCGGUGGAGAUGGGCCAACAUACUACAAUGAUAUCUACGUCUUUGACACCAUGACAAAUCGCUACACCAAACCAAAGCUGGCCGGUGGCCAACAGCCUUCCCGACGGCGCGCCCACACCGCCUGUUUGCACAAGAACGGCAUCUACGUAUUUGGCGGAGGCGACGGCGUUCGGGCCCUGAAUGAUGUAUGGAGACUGGAUGUCUCGGACUUGACUAAGCCUUCUUGGAAACUGAUAUCCGCCCCGCCCCGCCCGGGCGGAUCGACAACCUCCCUAAGCAUCGACGGACGUCCAUCCACCCGAACAGAGAGUCUACAACACCAAGCACGGCCAGCGGCGAGGGGUUAUCAUACCGCCAAUAUGGUGGGAUCGAAAUUGAUCGUGUUUGGAGGGAGCGACGGCGACGAGUGCUUUCGGGAUGUGUGGGUUUUCGACCUGGAAACGAGUAUUUGGAAGUGUGUUGGCAUCAAGACUAGCUACCCGCGCCUCAGCCAUACCGCGACAAUCGUUGGGAGCUACCUGUUCGUUGUCGGGGGGCAUGAUGGUGUGGAAUACUCUUGUGAAGUUUUGUUGUUGAAUCUUGGUAUUUUCCCCCACCCAGUAGAGAAACUGGCUCGACCCAAAACACGACCUAAUAUCAAUAGUGACCAUGCAAUGGGACAAGAGAAAAGUCUACGGCAUGCCACCUAGUGGCCGGGGAUAUCAUGGCGCGGUACUACACGAUAGUAGGUUAUUCGUAAUAGGCGGCUUUGAUGGGUAUCUCCCCCCCCCAUUUCCAUCCCACAAGACACUAACUUUAAAUUAGACACGACGUAUUCAACGACACCUACAUCCUAGAACUCGCCGUCAGCAGCUACUACUCACAAAUCUCACACUUCACGAUAGAAGUCUAGCCAACUGCCCAACCGGUCAAACCUUACGCACCCUCCCCUUUUCAACUUAACGGCCGCCCUUCAAUUGUCAUGCAUCCGUCGAUUCUUGGGUUAUCAGAUAGACACGGCGGGGCGUUCCUUCUAUUCCUUUCCUUCACACUCAUCACCACUGUUGCCUAUUCUGUUCCGUUCUGUUCGGCGUCUUUUUCCACUCCCCAGGUGGGAAAAAAAAUUAUGAUUUUUCUCCUUCUCCCUCUCCUCCCAUUUAUUCUUCUCGAUCGGUCGAUUGAUUGAUGGAUCGGCUAUGACGCCGAACAACUUUAUUUCAUUUCAUUCCUAUGAACGACAAAUUAUGUGACGGGUGGAUGAUUCCGAUUUAUUGAUGGCCGCUUGCUUACUCACAUUAACGAUAACGGCGCAGUAUCUUUUUUCUUCCCUUCUUCUCUCUCUUCUCCUUCUGUUGUGGUAAUCCUGAAUCGCGGUGUUUUUUCGGGGCGCAAACAGUUUUUUCUCUUCCUUUCCAUGUCGCGCCAGUAUGCUUGCCUACCCGCGUGUCUUUUUUUUUCUUUUUUUUCUGCGUUAUUUGUACGGUUUAAGUACUGAUUUUCUACUCUUCUGAUCCCAUUUUUCAUACAUAUAUAUAUUACCUUAAAUCAAGUUGUGUAGGACGGAUGAUAUAGUCUAUCUCAGACUCUUUCUGGCUUCCCGAGUGUUAGUACUCGUAUCAUAACAGGACAGUACUCGUACAGCACCUACCGACCGUAACUUACCUAUCCGCCGCUGGUAACGGCAGGAUUGGCAUCGGUAAAAGAGGGAGAUUACUGCUCUUUGUGGGCUAAUUACCAUAUGUCGAGGUCGAGUAAAUCACCUCCGCGGGUAGAUUAAGAGCACCAUACGGGCGUCGGUGGUCUAGGCGCACGAUGUGUACGAGUAGAGUACGAGUACAAAUCUCACCUGCGCCAUGACUUUGAUAUUGGAAAUGGGGAUGGAAAAUCAUUACCGUACUCCGGAAGCGAAAGGGGUCGGAGACCGCCGACGGGUUCGUAAGCUUCCGUACGGUUGGUUAGGGUAGUCCAGGAGCCUACAGUACCGAAUCCUACGUCACAAAGCCAUAAGUUAAGUUGAUUAAUUCGCUCGGGCGGUGCUGGUACCAUAUGAUGGAACGCGCGAUAACUGGUACCAGUACCAGUAGGGGUAUUCAAAGUUAAAAGAUGAUUUUACAGUAACGAGUUAAAUGCGGGAAGUUGCAUAAGGUUACUUUCUGGUAUUAGCCAAUCGGAUCCUCAUGGUUUAGGUACU